GCGCGGCUUCGGACUGGAAAGCCUUGGGUCGCAGGGAGGUUUGGUCGCUCGCUGCCGGUCCCCUGAGGCCGACAUGAGCAGCUUGCAUGGGGGCGAGCGCACCCCUCUCCCCGAAGCCUGCGGCGGCCCUUCUGGCUUUGCCCCAGGAGACCCCGGCCUUCGCGAAGAAACCGCGGCCGCUCAGCUGAUGGCGGAGGCUGGUAAGCGCGGCCCUGAGACCGUUGCGCCUUCACCUCCCCGGCUUGCCGCGGAGGGGGACGCCGCCUGGGACCCCGCGAGCGGAGGCCGCACUUCCCAGACCCUAGUCCGCGGAGGUCGCGGCGCGCCGGCGACGGGCGCUGGGAGGGAAGAGGCCCCGCCUCCCUCCGAAGGCCUGGGGGCGGCCUCGGCCCCCACGGCGGCGGCGGCGGAUAGCGCCCGGACGACUGUCGGUGAGGGCGGCGAGCCCCGCGGCCCUGGGGGGGAGACGGCCCUGCAGGGCUGCGACGCAGGGAGGUCCGCGUCUGAGGGCACAGUCGGGGCGAAGGCGGAGCAAGGGAAGCCUGGACAGUGCGCCGUCUCCCCAGGAGCGGUGGAUGCAAGGCCCGAGGUAAUGGAGGGGAAAAUGGAGGUGGACAAGAGGCCAGUGGGUGAAAUGGACGUGGUGGAGGAAGAUCAAGUCUCCGGGGAGGUGAACGCGGAGGCAAGGCCCCACCUUCCGAAUUGGUUUCUUCGCAUGGACCCUUUGGAGGCCAUUCAGCAGGAGCUGGACACUGUGAACGCCCAGGCUGACCGGGCCUUCCUCCAGCUGGAGCAGAAAUUUGGUCGGAUGCGGCGCCACUACCUGGAGCGGAGGAACUACAUUAUUCAGAAUAUCCCUGGCUUCUGGGCUACCGCUUUUCGGCACCAUCCCCAACUGUCCGCCAUGAUUAAAGGUCAAGAUGCAGAGAUGGUGAGAUAUAUGACCAGUUUGGAGGUGAAGGAGCUUAGAGAGCCCAGGACGGGCUGCAAGUUCAAGUUCUUCUUCCGCAGAAACCCCUACUUCAGAAACAAGUUGAUUGUCAAGGAAUAUGAGGUCAGGUCCUCAGGCGAAGUGGUAUCUCUCUCUACUCCCAUCGUAUGGCGCAGAGGUCAUGAGCCCCAGUCCUUCAUUCACAGGGACCAAGGCAUCAUCUGCAGCUUCUUCACCUGGUUUUCAGACCACAGCCUUCCAGAGUCUGACAAGAUUGCAGAGAUUAUCAAAGAGGACUUGUGGCCAAACCCACUGCAGUACUACUUGUUGCGUGAAGGAGCCCGAAGACCCAGGCGUCGCCCAAUAAGGGAACCAGUAGAGCUCCCCAGGCCCUUUGGAUGCCAGUCUGGUUAACCGUUGCCCUGGGAAAUGCUCAGGCACAAGGUUCAUGACCACCACCUGCUAGACAUGUACUUGAUCAACAGCAUGGGUAUGCUUUCUAUGUGUUUUUAGGCUGACUGCACCUUUCCUCUGGACAUACUAAGACUUUCUUAUCUUUGAGCUGUUCUGUAUUAACAUCACCCACUCCAUGGCCCUAGGGUUCAACAUUGCUAAGCGAAGCAAAUGAUGCUGUACAUCAGACUUAAUCUGCACUGCUUGGAACCUCUUGCCACCCGCAUUUGUAACUGGCUAGAAGCUCAUUUUGUUCCUCAUCUGGCAGUACAAACACAUGGCCUGUGAACAAUUGCUGGGCAUUAAUGAUGUCAAGAAAGAACAUCAUUUGACUUCUGUUGGUGAUUUAUGUGACUCUCAUUCUACUCUAGUCAGCUUUUGUUGCUUGGUUAUGGGCUAUGCCCAUUGCUCUUGACUACCGCCUUCUGAAUGAACAUCUUUCAGUUGUCAACCUCACUGUCUUGUUUCUAGUAAAUGUGGAUCUUCGGAAUUGGUGGUGGACCAAGGAAGGUUGCUUGCUAAUAUUCCAUAGACUUUUCAACUCAUCAAACCUUUCCCUCCCACCCUUCAGUUCCCAGACACCCUACUGUCUAUCAGGCAAGUUGUUAGACCCAUCUUCCUGGCAAGGGUAAGGCUGGUAUCUUUAAAAGUGCCAGGCUUUCUCAGCCUUGGCUUGCAUCCCUUCUUCAUCCUGAACAUGACUACAUUUCAACAUAGCAGUAAACUUAGCGCUCUUUGGGAGAGGGCUAAAAAAAAAACAGAGAAAGGGGGUGGCUUGGAAACAUCUGCAAAAGCAGACUUUGUUAUUUAAUUUGGCCAUCCAGAAACAGGUUAUCCUGCAAAACAGACUGCCAGAGCUCCUACUGCAUCCCUUGCUCACUUCCACACUCCCUCUCCCUCUGGUAACACCUAGAGGGUUUAAGCAAGAAGAGCUCUAAAUGGAAUGAAAGCUCUUUCCCAGUUUAAAGUGUUGGAAAGACUAAAAUUAAGACUGGGCUGAUAACCUGUGAGGAGAGAGAGGAGAAAUACGUUUCUCAGGAAAGUGUUAGAUUAUUUUACCCACAAGGAUUCUUUAAAGAAAUACAAUGCAACUUUGCAUGCUUUCUCUCUUUAAUAUGACCUUAUUUAUGUUGAGUAAUACUCUGUAUCACUGGUAUUUCAUAAAAUCCUGUUAACCUUAUUUUGUUUGUUUCUGCUUACUGGAGUAAUUGAGCUAUACAGCUUUCUUUUGCUUUCAGUUGAGAACAUUUAGAAUAUUAAUCUUAACUUUCCUGUACAAAAUUUUAAAACUUAGAGAAUUCAUAGUUUUCAACUUGUUCAUGUUAUAACUAUCGUUAGAAAUACAAUAUAAAUAACGGUCUUGUCAAACUCUGAAGACUUUGGAAAUUGUUGUCUUCAUGGAAUAAUAACCCACAAAAAUGUUGUGACUUCAAUUGCCUAAGUGGAUAAUUUUACAUUGUAGCAAGUUAGUAACUGAUGUUUUUAUAGAUCACACCCAAACUUGUAAGACUGCUGUGUCAAAUGGGAAGGACAUCGUAGGCAUAUUUGUUUCCCUUAUAUGCAUGAUAAGUGCAUGUCAUUCUGUUAAAUUUCUUAUUCUUCACUUUGGCCUCCAGUGGAAUUGUAAGUUAAUGACAUAGAAUCAUUUGUUUUCAGAUGGACAUGUUGCAUUGUUCCAAAGAUAAGGAAAUAAGGCACAGUAUUGUACCUUCUAAGAUAAAAGACUGUUGCUGCUGUUUUGCUUUAAAAAUGUUCAUUGUAAUUGUUAUGUUUAAUAGACUUCACUUUUUCUCCUUCAUAAAGCAUUUAUUGCACCACCA